AUGAACCGGAUCGAGACCUCCGAGCCGACCCCCAAAGCCACCACGGGGACGGACGUGCUGUCCACAGACUAUGUCGUGAUGCACGGCGUGGUCUUGCUCACCUGCGGGUGUGGCACGCUGGGCAACGGCUGGGUCAUCUGGCUGCUGGCCUUCCGCGUGAGGAGGAACCCCUUCUGCGUCUACGUCCUCAACCUGGCCGUGGCUGACCUCCUCUUCCUGGUCUGCCAGAUCUCCGUGGUCGGCUCUGAAAUCAUCUUCCUGGUCAAGGACACGGAGGCCACUGAGAUGCUGCAGAAGGUGAAGUACUCGGCAUACAUGAUGAGCAUGAGCCUGCUGGUGACCAUCAGCCUGCAGCGCUGCCUCGGGGUCCUCUUCCCCAUGUGGUACAGGCUCCACAGGCCCCAGCACAUGUCCUCCGGGGUGUGCGCCCUGCUCUGGGGGCUUUACAUCCUGGUGGACAUCCUGAUGUCCUUCCUUUGUAACAAGUUCAGGGAUUCUUCCCAACCGUGGUGCUCAACCUUGAAAACCAUUGGGAGCGUGCUUAUCCUGGGCGUCUUCACGCCCCUGAUGAUGCUGUCCAGCCUGGUCCUCUUUGUCCACAUCCGGAGAAGUUCCAGACAGUGGCAUCGGAGGGCCCCAAGGGUGCUUAUGGUGAUCCUGGCCUCUGUCCUGGUGUUCUUGGUCUUCUCGGUGCCCUACGUCAUUCACUGGCUCGCCAAGUGGAUGAAGGUGAGCCGCUGGGUGGAGAAUCUGCACGUCAGCAUAUUACGCCUUUCCAUGUCCCUGAGCAGCAGUGCCAACCCCAUCAUCUACAUCUUGGCGGGCAGAAAGAGGACCCAGAGCCAGCCGGAAGCCCUGGGGGCCAUGCUCGACAGGGCGCUACAGGAGACUUGUGAGGGGUCAAGCAAGGAGACAUCGUCUAUAGCCAUCAGGGAUAUGGUCUCCGAGGCCCAGCCACCCAGUGUGACUGCCCCGGUGAGCCCAGCUCUGGAGAUUAGCCUGUCCACCAGGCUGUGA